AUGUCAGAGUCAAGCUUAGACACUCGCGAGGCUCCCUCUGAGCAAAUUGGGGGUGGCCGCCGCCAUACAUCACCUCCAUUUGUACCAACACCAACAAAGUUGCGGACCUGUAUCAAGGCUACGGCACGCGAUUCGGGUGUCGUCAAAAGUGCCCAGGACAGGAGAGCUAAACUACUUGCUGACAAUGCGCAUGAGGAUAGCCAUGCUGAUCCUUUGGGUCAAUCGCACUCUGUUGAUCCACAGCAACUUACUCAGACAGCUCCUGGACAGUGGGAGCCCCAUGUAUCGCAGCAAGAGCUUACCAACAUCCCUAUGCAAGGUAGCCGACGGUUCUAUGGUGAUUUGCGGCAACGAAGCAUGUCGCGUGAGCCGCAUCGACACCCUUCAGGGCCACGCGAGCCUCCCAUCUCUCCAAAUCUUCAGCUUGAUGUUCCCCUUCCACUCCUUCCGCUCCCUCCGCUCCCUCCCACACCAUCUGAUUCCCAACCCAAUCAUGUCCUUCCACUCCUUCCGCAACCGCCUAGCAUACACAAUGCGCUUCCUUUGCAGCCGGAGUUUGGUUCCUUGAUCGAAUUUGGUCAAGGUCAUCCCUCAUCAUCCUCGGGAGGCAUGUCACAGCCAAUCGCUCCUGACACCUACAACUUCUCAGGGCUAGACGCUUCAUGGGUGCCUGUAGAUGGUGGGGACUUCAGUCCUCACUAUGAAGUUGGUGAUCUACGUGACUUGGGUUUGCCCAAGACCCGGAUUAUUCCCCCCACGCCUCAGGCUGCUAAGGCCAUACCCCAGCCGUCACUUGGUGCUCCCGCUACUGCACAAGACGUGUUCCAGGACACGCCUCAGGCUGCUAAUGCCAUACCCCAACCGUCACUUGGUGCUCCCGCUACUGCACAAGACGUGUUCCAGGACAACGGCAACGAGGAUGGAUCCUCAGGAACUGCGCUGGUCGGACGCCGAACGGAUGAGGUAAAUGGAUUGUUAGACGAGCAGUUCAAGGUCAUCAAUGACAUCUUCAACAACCUUGUUGCGAAAACUGGCUUACCUCUACAGCAAAUAUCUCACGUGUAUUACAAGGCUCGUGGUCGAAUUCAUUCCGCCUUCAAUCAUUGGAAUGUAUAUGGGCACUACUUGAAGGUGAAUCGAAUACAGGAACUACGGAGGCUCGGCAAGGAUGUCGGCACUGAUAACGCCCAAAUUACACCAACAAUCCGAGGUGAAUGCUAUAAGGCGUUCCAACUUGCUUACCCAGAUACAUGGCAAGACAUCCUCGAGACAUUUGAGGAGGCUGAGAUGACAAUGGGCGGGCCUCAAACAAUGGACUCAGCCUCUGCCAAACAUGGCUUUGAAGGAGUGUUCAUCAUCUGCGGUAAGGUGGUCAAUCAAGAUGCGUCACUUGGGCACAUACACACGACUCCAGGCGCAGAAGAUUUUUGGGCCACGUGCUGCCUUGCAGAUGAAGAUAUAAUGAUCAGGCAUCUAAAGGCACAUGUUUACAACCUUGCGUCACUCUCAGUAGCCAAGGGCACGCAGGCUGACAACGCAUCAAGCGCGAAGGAGAUUGAGCCGUCACGUAGACAUACACCCUUCCAAGCAUCCAGACAGCCCACCAAAGAUGGACCGGAGGUUCUAGAGGUCCCUGACUCGGAUGUUGACAACUGGCGACUCCAAGCUGACCAUCUUCAAUGUAUCAAGGGCGGGAUCGUUGCGUUAGUCAAGGAGCUAGGUGGGAAACUCACCAUUCGCUCUGGCCAUUUCCCUUGGAAGAAGCUCCGUAGUGACUUCGAUCGUCAAGGGUUUGUUAUGGAAGGCUAUCCAGAGGACGUUCUGAUUCCAGGAGAGAUGCGCUCUACCAUUAGGAGCAAGGGUAUCAAUGAUCUCGACAAAAGGGAACAAGUGAUCCUUGCAGAGGCAUUGAAGGCGGGCACGUUAGUUAUCAAGCAUCAUGGAAAUGGGACCACAGAUCAUAAGGACAAAUCUCAGAGCCACGUCGUCAUCAUGGGGGAGGCUCCCCCUCCAAACUCUAUUCACUCCCAGGGCCGGCGGCUGCUUGCCAAUGGGGUUGUGGAUCGUGAAGGGCUGCCUGGCCUCCGGCCAAGUACAGCAACGACAAAAGUCAAGAAGUUCAAGCCAUUGACGGGACAGAAGCCUGCACCCACUCAAACCUCCAUUGUCAUUGAUGUCACUCCCCCUUCCGCCGCCGUACCUCGGAAGAAACUCGUCUCAGUUGACAUCCCCCCUUCACGCCCUUUCAAGGUUGUCAGAUACCCCAAAUCGAAGGUGAUGCCAGCACCUACCAACACCAUCGCUCAUGACGAUUCGGUCAAGGCGUCAUCUGGAUCUGAGGAAGACGACUCCGAAGGUGACGGCUCUGACUACGAGGAGAAAGCCGAAUCUCACAAACGCAAGGCAAAAGCAUCUGGGGGCGCUAACUAUAAGCGCCGUGCUCCAUCAAGUGAAAUCGAGCUGGCUAACUCACCGAAAGGGAAGAGUCGCGCAAAGGGAAAGGGGAGAGCACCUGGGCCCGCACACUUUUCAGACAAGGCAACGACUAGCACGCAGAAGGGUGCAUCCGAACGCUCUCAUCGACCUCGUUAUCGCACCGCCACGUCGGAUUCUGAAGGAGAGGGAGAAAAAGAUGAAGUCAUGGAAGAACCAACUCACAAGCCUUUGCGAUUCCAAGGUGGUCCAGUAAAUUUGGAGAAGAUAUCGGAGGAGGUGAAAGAGCAUCCAAAGCCGAAGAAGGUCCUUCCAGGUUCCACAGUGGCUGCAAGGCAGGUUGCAUUUUAUGAAGGUGGGAUGAUUGAUGCGCACGAAAGAGGCACAGAUGCCUCCAAGGAGCCAGUUCCAAGGACGGCGUAUGAGGGACCUCAGACUGGCGGAGGCUCUGGAGCUACCAGUGGUGCCAGGGAGCUACCAUCAAGGCCAAUGCAAGAGCCACUUCGUAACAGCUCUGCUAUGAGGGAGCAAUCUCAGGAGGUCAUGACAUCUGCCCCCUCCUCUCCAUCGCCCAUGUUUCGGCAACCUCCACGCCCAGAUCAGCGAGGUCCUGCCUUGCAAACCAACUCACAGCAGUACAUGCAAGCCCUCCCUGUGCCGUCACCAUAUGGGCAACAUCUCAAGGUGCCACAACGUCAGAGUUACCCUGAUCAGCGCCGUAGCCAGAUCGACUAUCAACAGUCUGCUCAACCCUUCCAGGCGCAUUCAGGUGUCGCCGCUUAUAGCCAUGCCCAGCGCCAUGGUAUGCAUCCCAACCCCACACCCCACGCUUACAACAUGCAUGCACCUCCUUAUCAGCAGCGCAUCCAAACUUACGAUGCUCGCCCACCAGCUCGGCAGCAGCAGGACAUGGAAACUAACGACACUCUCACACGUGUUCCUCCACAGCACACUGAAAUGUAUGAUCGUGUACCUGCCCCUCAGCAAGGAGCUGCAUACACAGUGGAGUACCGUGAUAACAGGGUGACAUACCCAAGUGGAGACCAGCAGGGCAUGCACCCCAUGCCUUACCUUCACCAAGACCUAGCACCAGGUCAUGAUGGACGUGGCAUGCAUGAAGGUUGGCAGCCUCAGUAUGGGUCCACGGCAUAUCAGGCUGCAGAUAACGUACGCACACCCCGUUCUAGUCCUAGGAUGAGCCCUCUGCCUUCUCUGAUGGAGUAUUCCUCUUCUCCGGCCCAGUCUGAAGGUAACUAG